AUGACUGAAGACCAGAAGAAGUUGCCGAUGGUGCCUGAGACUGUUUUGAAGAGAAGGAAAAUUAGAGCUGCACAACGUGCUUCUCUUCUUAAGAAUAAAUUGGAGAAUAUUAAGAAGGCUAAGGUUAAAACGCAAGUUAUCUUUAAACGUGCUGAGCAAUACUUGAUUGCAUACCGACGUAAGCAGAAGCAAGAGUUGCAGUUGAAAAGACAAGCUAAGAAAGCAGGGAAUUUUUAUGUCCCAGAUGAGCCUAAACUUGCUUUUGUUGUUCGUAUUAAGGGAAUCAACAAGAUCCAUCCUCGUCCUCGAAAAGUUCUUCAACUUUUCCGCUUGCGUCAAAUCAACAAUGGAGUUUUCAUUAAAUUGAAUAAAGCUACAAUCCAAAUGUUGCGUAUUGCUGAUCCGUACAUUGCUUGGGGUUAUCCAAGCCAAAAGAUAAUUCGUCAACUUAUCUACAAACGUGGAUAUGUUAAAGUUAAAGGUCAGAGGAUGCCAUUAACUGACAAUAAUAUUGUUGAAGAAAAUCUUGGCAAGCAAGACAUUAUUUGUAUUUGGACUGUUGGCCCUCACUUCAAGCAAGUUACCAACUUUCUUUGGCCAUUCAAGUUGAGCAAUCCAUUGGGCGGCUUUAAUAAAAAGUCUAAUCACUUUGUUGAGGGUGGAGAUUAUGGAAACCGUGAAGAUCAAAUCAAUAAGCUUUUGGAGCGUAUGAUUUGA